AUGAGUCAACCAAACAUUACCCUUUACACGGCCCAGACCCCCAAUGGGAUCAAGAUCUCCAUGGCACUGGAGGAGCUUGGUUUGCCAUACAAGGUCGAGAAAAUUGAUAUGUCCAAGAACACUCAAAAGGAAGACUGGUUCCUCAAGAUCAACCCCAACGGCCGCAUCCCAGCCUUGACAGACACCUUCAGCGACGGCCAGCAGAUUAAUAUUUUCGAGUCUGGCAGUAUCCUACAAUAUCUGGCAGAACGAUAUGAUCCAGACCACAAGAUCUCCUACCCCAAGGGCUCACGCGAAUACUACGAGGUGAACAACUGGCUGUUUUUCCAAAACGCAGGUCUGGGCCCAAUGCAAGGCCAGGCCAACCACUUCUCACGAUAUGCCCCCGAGCACAUUGAGUACGGUGUAAACCGAUACGUCAAUGAAUCACGCCGGCUGUAUGGUGUGCUGGAUAAGCACCUUGCUCAGUCCAAGUCUGGGUACAUUGUUGGUGAUCACAUCUCCAUUGCUGAUAUCACACACUGGGGAUGGGUGGCUGCUGCGGGAUGGGCUGGUAUUGAUAUUGAGGAGUUCCCGCAUGUGAAAGCGUGGGAGGAGCGGAUUGCGCAGCGACCGGGCAUAGAGAAGGGUCGUCAUGUUCCUUCCCCUCACAAUAUUAAGGAUUUGAUCAAGGAUAAAGCUACCAUGGACAAGCACGCUGCUGAUACUAGGGCUUGGGUUCAGCAGGGAAUGAAGGACGAUGCUAAGAGCAAAGUCUAG